UGGCUGGCUGCCUGGCAGGCUGCCUGGCCGGCCCUCGUCGUCUGCUCGCUCGCAACCAGUUAGUUCGUGUUCGAACGUACUAAGAGGUGCACACAUCUGUAGUCUGGAGUGUGCCGUCGCCUGUCGUAAUAUUCCCGUUUUGUCGUCUGUCUCGUUUGUGUUUCGUGUGCCGUGCCACAGAGCCCUGAGUUGGAGCCGUUGCCGUCGCCGUCGCCGUGUUGCCUGUGGGCCCGAAGAACCCUUGAGUUUAGUUGCCACAAUAAAGAUUCCAUUCCGGUAAUCCUAAUGCCGAAUCUGGCUAAUCGGUCGGUGGGUUUUGGUGAUUGUGACUGUGAACAGAGCCAGUGCGGGCGCUAAACGGAGAACAGAGAACUGUGCGAGGAGACAGUCUCCUGCCACAUUGCAGUGUCAGGAGUGGACGAUUGAUGCUGCAGCACGAAUCCACACACAUCUGAGAGAUACAACUUCAAGAGAGAGAAGGAGCGAGAGUACUUUGCAACACCUACGAGCAAGUCAAUCAGUGGAAAUGGCUGCCUACACACAAUUUGGAUACGGAGGCUUCCCGUCGGGCGCUCAGCUCCUGCCGCCAAAUGCACAGGCCGCUGAGGACACUUCCCCGAAUGUGAACGAUGCAUCGCUGGUGAUGACAAACGCACCGGCGAUGAGCCCAACGGGAGGUGCGGCGGACUGCCAGGCGAAUCAGCAGGCAACGGGCAGUGGUGAUGCCUCAUCGGGUGCCCUCAGUCCCAAUGCUCUUUCGCAGAACUCAAAUGCGGCCGCAGGAUCGGUGGUCGGCGGGGCAGCUGGCGGCGGUGGUGGAGCCGCUGACCUGGCCACCGGGGGCUCCCUGGACGGCAAUGGUGUGGGCACGACGCCCACAACGGGAAGCUCAUGCUGCGAGAACGGUCGCCCCAUAAUGACCGAUCCCGUCUCGGGGCAGACCGUCUGCUCCUGCCAGUACGACUCUGCACGUCUCGCCCUCUCCAGCUACUCCCGCCUGCCGGCGGCCAGUGUUGGGGUCUACGGCACGCCCUAUCCAUCGACGGAUCAGAACCCCUACCAGAGCAUCGGAGUGGACAGCUCCGCCUUCUAUUCACCGCUGAGCAAUCCGUAUGGACUGAAGGAGACGGGCUCUGGUGCGGAGAUGGGCGCCUGGACAUCGGCAGGACUGCAGCCCACAACGGGAUACUAUUCCUACGAUCCAAUGUCGGCAUACGGGUAUGGGGCAAGCUAUGAUCUGGCAGCUCGUCGCAAAAAUGCCACCCGCGAGUCCACGGCCACGUUGAAGGCCUGGCUGAACGAGCACAAGAAGAACCCUUAUCCGACGAAGGGAGAGAAGAUUAUGCUGGCCAUUAUCACCAAGAUGACGCUGACGCAGGUGUCCACGUGGUUCGCCAAUGCCCGACGGCGCUUGAAGAAGGAGAACAAAAUGACGUGGGAGCCGAAGAAUCGCACAGACGAUGACGACGAUGCCAUGGUGUCGGAUGAUGAGAAGGACAAGGAGGAUCUGGAGCCCAUCAAGGGAUCCCAAAGUGGAAGUUUGGCCAAAGAUGUGACCAAAGAGGAGGAGGAUGCCAUCGAUGAAGAUCAAAAGUGCAUUGGCCAGGCGAACAUCCUACGCGCUGGCUUUGGCUAUCCUUCGGCUGGUCCGGGCUAUCAUGGUGGCUCUGGUUCUGGCGGUGGCCAUCCGGCUGGCUACCAUCCGUACCAUCAUCAGCAUCCUGCCUACUACCAGCCACAGCAGGGCAUGCUGGGCACAGCCUUCCACGGCGGAGACGUGGCCAACAAGCUGACGGAACACAGUGAUCCAAAAAACCAAUUAGGCCGGGACUGUGGCGUGCCGAUUCCAGCCACCAAGCCCAAAAUUUGGAGUUUGGCCGACACAGUUGGCUGCAAGACCCCACCGCCGGCAUAUAUGGGAGGCCAGGUGCUGCCACAGGGGAUGCCGCAACAGCAGCAGCAGCAGCAUAUGCAUCAGCAGUUGCAUCCGCAGGUGCAGCAGCAGCAGCAGCAGCAGCUGCCAUCUCAGUCAAUAGUGAAUCCGCGGGCGAUGGGGUUUCUCGAAGCCCAACCCGAUACUCCACCCCAAACUCCGCCGAAUAUGAAAGUGUUGAGCGGAGCUUUGAGUCUCCUUCCUACCGCUUCUCAAGCCCCUAUGACCGCUACUUGUCGCAGUAGCAGCAACAACAGUAACAACGGUAACAACGGCAACAACGCCUUCAAUUUUGGCUCCAACUAUCCGAUGAAUUUCUCGGCACGUCUCGGUGAGUACUCCCCCAGAGAUGAGUACAGCAGCGGGAGCAGCAGCAGCAGCUCAUCCUCGCCCCAGCUGCAACGCCAAGAGGCGGCCAUGUUCAAGCCGUUGCUCUUCAAGAAGUACACCAACUAAAACCACAACUAAACACCUACUACAACGGUAAAUCUAUUUACUAUUUGACUAACUGUCUGCGGAGAUUCCACUCAUGCUACCAGAGGGGUUCCACACCAGGCAGAUUUAAUAUACAACUGGCCGACGGGUUCGUGCAAAAAAUAUAAUGAAUUGUGUGUAAUAUUUAAUAUUAAUAUUAAAAAAAAAUAUAUAUAUAACAUUAGUUUGUAUUUAUCAUAAAAAUAACUUCAAGUUUCAUUAAAGUUAUAAAUGAAUUGUCUUAAUGCGUAUCUAGAGUAUUCGGAUCAAAUGUUUCUCUUCAAAACUGCAAUUUAAGCUAAGUAAAAACAAAACAAACAAAACAAAACAAA